UAAAGUUUGCUUAAAUAUGCAUUUUUUAAACUAAUAAAUGGUAGUCAACCACAAAAAAGCAUGUUUUAUUAAUUAAUAAACAUACAUCCCUUGUUUAGCGUGGUAAAAUGAUUCCAGACCCGAUCGCGAUAAGUGAAUUUCCGAGGGACGACUGUAUUUUCAAACAAACACGAAGCACGACUGUAUAUGCUUUUUCACCAAGUUGGUACAGUCCUGUAUAGACUGUUAAAGCACACACAGGAACACUACUCUGUAUUUCAUAUAAAACAGAUACAAAAGAAAAAUACAAACAGUGCCAUCUGGUGGGGCACAGAUUUACCCAAUGGGUUUAUGUGUGUUGAGUUGGAUUGGUUGCUACAUGAAUUGCAGCUUUAUGGGAUGUGUGUGUGUUACUGACGCUGUUGGAAGAGGAGGGAAACAGAAAAAGGGAGCAAAGGUCAGAAGAGGGUGGGGGUCCAGACCCGUUAUGGCAAGGCAAAAGGGAAAAAAAAGAAGGAGUGAAAACAGGAUUGGUUUGGCCGUGAAAAUGCGACACUCGUACCUGCUGCCACUGAAAGAGCGACAGCCUCGAUUGGAAGAGCCCCGGGCGCUGCGAUGCUAAUGUUGUCGGGGGCUUUGACUUCUCCCAGCCAUUGCAAGCGAGCUGCUUCGCCAGACAGCCACGUUCUCCCCGCCGUGCUCCCGAACCGCCUCCUCGCGUUUGGCAGGUGCCGUUUGCCUACCAAAAAGAAAAAAAGAAAGAAAAUAAGAAUAAAAUCCUUUUCAAAUGGACGAGACGGAUAUCAUGGACUUGACGCAUCAGAAGGCGAGGAAGCGACCGCGGCCAAUCACUUCCGCGGACGAGGCGGUGCAUGCUCCUCUCAAACGGGUGCCGAUGCGGGCUGCAGAGUGCCGGGAGACGUCGCUCAUGUUCGCGGUGCGUGGAGAGCCGGUGCCCGCUGCCUCUCUCAAGCAAAAUGACCACUCGGUGACCUCCUCUCCGACUAGCGUCAUGCCGGCGCAGGAUAAUCGCUCCAGCAUGUCCAGGCCCAUGAUCACACGGUCACCUGUGUCCCCCUUGAGCAACCAGGGCAUCCCCACGCCAGCGCAGCUCACCAAGUCCAACGCCCCCGUACACAUCGACGUGGGGGGACACAUGUACACCAGCAGCCUGGCCACCCUCACCAAAUUCCCAGAAUCCAGAAUUGGCCGUCUCUUUGAUGGCACAGAGCCCAUAGUCCUGGACAGCCUGAAGCAGCACUACUUCAUUGACAGGGACGGACACAUGUUCCGCUACAUCCUUAACUUCCUCAGGACUUCCAAGCUGCUCAUCCCGGAUGACUUCAAAGACUACAGCUUGCUGUUCGAGGAGGCCAGAUACUUCCAGCUGCAGCCCAUGCUUUCUGAGCUGGAGCGCUGGCGCCAUGACCAAGAGCUGGGCCGGGUGUCACGCCCCUGUGAGUGCCUGGUGGUGCGCGUGGCGCCCGACCUGGGCGAGAGGAUAACACUGAGUGGAGACAAGGCCCUGAUAGAGGAUGUCUUUCCCGAGAUCGGCGACGUCAUGUGCAACUCAGUCAAUGCUGGCUGGAACCACGACUCCACGCACGUCAUCCGCUUCCCUCUCAACGGCUACUGCCACCUUAACUCUGUCCAGGUUCUAGAGCGCCUGCAGCAGCGAGGCUUCGAGAUCGCCGGCUCCUGCGGCGGAGGCGUGGACUCCUCCCAAUUCAGCGAGUACGUUCUGAGGCGGGAACUGAGGAGGACGAGUCAGCGAGGACCCAAUUCCAAUAGGAUAAAGCAAGAGCAGCUGGACUAGAGACCACUCUCGAGGGGUGUGGUGUGUGCUGGACUUUUCCAUGGACUCCUCACUUUUUAUCUUCAUUUUUUGUUUUUUGCUUUCUUCUUGUCAAUGUUUUGGUUUUCUUAUACAAGAAACAUCUUAGAGAAUUAAAAUGAAAAAAAAUGAGAUGCCGACAUUUUUGAGUUUGCAGAUUGCGAAGACAUUUGUGAUUGUCUUACCCAUCAACACGAUUGAGAAAGAUUUAUAUAUGUUGUAUCCCUAAAUAAAGUUUGUUUUAAAACUUGGAGCCUACAUUAGGUUGAAUAUGAUUUAUGACUCCCUCUCCUAUAGAAAUGAAUGGCAUAGCAUCAAACCGUUUCUUGUCACCAGUCACUCCACUUUGUCGCUUCACUGGCACAUUGGAUAAGUGUGUGAUUAUGGCUCACUGUGUAAAGGUCACCAAUGUGUUGCUUACAGUGCCGAAUGUCUCAGUUGUCACCAACAAUUAGCAUCUUUUUCACACUAUGUUGAAUAUUGUGAUACCAAUGAAGUGUGUUUUUUUUGUACUUCAGUAGUUUUUUAAUGGUGUAGAAAUAUGGAUGCAAAUUUAAAUCUAAAGCCCACAUAUGAUUUAAUUCAGGGGUGUCCAAACGUUUUCUACCAAGGGCCAUGUAUAGAAAAAAUGAAGAAUGCAGGUUUGACCAUUUUGAUCAUCUUUACAAUUUCUAGCUAUAGUUAUCGUUAAUAGAGUGAAAUAUUGUAUUUUAAAAAGUCCUUUUUUUUUUUUUUUUACAAUAAUAGAAAAAAAAGUACACAUUUUAAUUUUAUGUGGUGUUUAAUCAUAAUUUAUAUAAUCCAUUAUUAAAUUAAGUUUGGUUUAAAAUAAUAAAUACUGCUUUUUCUCAUCAUUUUGAAAUUAUUUUCAAUGUGGUCAUAAUCCACCUUUGUAAUGUUCAGAGCUGGUUUAAUUUUAUUCUUAGAAUAUGCCAGUAAAAAACUGAGCUGCUGGCCUGACUUUGGACACCCCUGAAUUAAUUUCUCAUGGGGGAGUUUUACAAGACAGCACCCCUCAUCCCCUGAUGGCCAAUCUUGAGAAUUAGACCAUUGGCCUGUCAUAUUGCUUAAUGUGUUUGUGGGCUUUUGGGCAGGGGUUGUAUUUAAAUUGAGGCAAAUUUGUGACUGAACAGUUCGCCGCAAAUUUCUUCCGAAUUUGUAGCACAUAUUGAUACAUGAAGUGAGCAUUUCUAAGAUGACUGACCCACCUACGCUCCCUAGUUUUGAGGAACAGAGGAAUGUAGCAACAAAAAACAACAAAAAGUAAAAUAAAUUUCAACUCAAGUUGUCAUGCUCUGUGUUUGUACAUUGCCACGAGGAAGCGUUGUCAUUCUGCGGCAUCACAAGGAUCUUUGCACGAUUGAUA